GUCGCCGUAGGCCUUCGCGAGCACAUCCGCAGCCGGACGUCAAUCCCGCUCCGCUCGACUGCUGCCAGAUAAUCUUCCCGUUGCUCACCGACGUUCCUCCACACCACUCGACACACUCCACUGCCCGCAAUCACGCCUCGACGCUCGCUGCCAGCCCCUUGAACUCGCCUCCUGUGCUACCGCGACAAAUUUCACCACACCUCACCAUGUCUGAGACUAAGGAAUUCACCUACUCAGACGUCUCGGAGCACGCCUCCAAGAAGGACCUCUACAUUGUCAUCCACGACAAGGUCUACGACUGCACAAGCUUCGUCGACGAGCACCCCGGUGGUGAGGAAGUCCUCCUCGAUGUUGGUGGCCAAGACUCGACCGAGGCUUUCGAGGAUGUCGGCCACUCGGACGAGGCGCGCGAGAUCCUCGACGGUCUGCUCGUUGGCACCCUGAAGCGCCAGGCGGGCGACCCCACGCCCAAGACAUACGGACACACCAGCUCGACCGCCUCCACAACCGAAGGCGCCUCGACCGGCGUCGGUCUCUACGCCAUCAUUCUCAUUGGCGGUGCCCUCGCCUUCGGUGCCUACACGUACCUCCAGAGCCAGAGUGAGCAGCAGUAAAUGCGUCCUAUUGAGGCACCGCGACCGGCAACGCACAGGCUGAGCGGCGACGGCGCACGGCGAAUCCGUCGACGGCACGACGAGCACGGUCCGGGCAUCCUACGAGAGCCGUGUAGCAGAGUUCGAGGGCACGGGCGUUAGAUCUCGGCAGUUGAGCUUGAGCACAUAGGGCACAUUACAGGCGCACAAGAUGUUCAGCUACAUUCUGUAUGAAGGGCUUUGGGAUAGAUGGCAAUCCAAUUUUGACACAAGCCCACACGUCUCUAUAAAAGCGUUGCUGAUUGUGCAGUAACCUCGUAUCACAGCU